CCGACGGUGUGGCCUCUCGCCCACCGGUGAGAAUCUCUUCUGUCUCCCUCCUCUUCCUUUCUUCCAUGGGUUUGAUGCUGCUCUUUCGGGGUUCAGAGUCACUGUUGCUCCUUCCCCCACCUCCUGAGCCACCGCCGUUUGUUUUUCCUCUAGAUCUACUCGCUGGGGUCUCUGCUCCCGACCCUCCUGAUCCUCCCGACGCUUCUGUCACUCUCGUCACACUGGAUCUGUCCUCUUUCCCCUGCCAUUGUUUCACCUUAGCAGCUGCGAGGUCCCCUCUUCAUUGUACAACAACAUCCGACUCAGUCUGUUUGCUGAUUGUUUCUCUUGGAGUGAACCUUGUCAAGCCUCUGCUUCUCCCUACCGAUGGUUACAGGUUUCAGAUCUAUAAUUUCAUAUGGGGAAAAAUUCGUUUUUUCUUCCUGUUCUUAGGCAGAACUUGGAAAGGUAUGACCCUUGUGAUCCGUCUAGAUGUUUCUAUUUGGGAUGAAACAUACCUUAGAUUUGGAUUCCUUGUCCUCCGUAUAAGAAACCAUUCACGAACAUUACCUCAGUAUGAGGACCUUAUGCUUCUUGGUAGUCAUUGUUUAACUCAGUACGAAGCUGUUAGGCAUUUGUUUUGCCUUCCUUUACCUCAGUAUGAGGUUCACUUACCUCAGUAUGAGGUUGUUGUUCGAAAUAUCUUUUUGGGCUCAUUACAAUAUAUUUGUGUGUUGGUAGUCUUCUCUGAUGUUUCAGGUCUACAACUCAAAAAGAUAAGCGAUGGAUUUAAAAAAGCCAACCUUGGCUUCGUAGUUUCAGACUUGUUUGUCUGGCCGUGGUGGUUCUUGCAACUCUACACCUCAUUAUGGUUGUGGAGUUCCUCACAAUUUCAAGGCUCAUCAAGAUGGUGCUUGAUCACCUCUGUAGCCAAGUUUCUUGCUGCUCUCUAUGCAUUUGUUGCUGCAGCAUGUUCGGGUAACAGUUCACUGAACGUGUUCUCCAAUUCCCGUGGCUUCAUCUCACUCAGUAGCAUUCAUGGUGUUUCACUUUUAAGUUGCUUGUGUGUUAUGUUUGCUUUUAUCUAUGUUUGUGUUAUCCGUUUUGCUUUUGCAGCGGUUUAUUUAGCUAAUGUGGCUGUGUUAUUGUUUCUGUUGAACAAUUCCUCCAUUGAUGGAGUCUAAGUUUUAUUAAUGAAAGUUGGUUUGAACAAAAAAAAAAAA